CUCGUGAAGAAGUAUCGGACGCUCCCAAGUACAGCAACUGUUGAAGAAUCGAUGAGGCAGAUGGGUGAUAUUCUAAGUGAUGGACAAGUGCACAUCCCCGUGAGGAUGUUUGCAAGAGAUUUCCAACAGGCGGGGUUCCCAAUUCUCAGAUAUACGAUUCGCUGGACUCCAGAACAACUGCGUCCAAAAGGGUGGGUCACGCAUGCAACUGACCGCUGCUUCUGGGCUCUCCGUAUCCCG